AUGACUCAAAGAUUUUCAGCCUCACCCUCUCCAAGACCUGGAACACCUAUACAUAAUCAUCACGCGAGCACAACGACUUUACAUUUAGAUGUUGGUUAUAAAGUUUUUGUAGAGUUAAAAAAAGAAAAGAAUGACAUACAAGAAUUUCGUAAAGCAGAAAUUUUAUCAAUUCGAUCACAUAAUGAUAAAUCAGAAUAUUAUGUACACUUUGUCGAGUUUAAUAAGAGAUUGGAUGAAUGGGUUGGUCUUGAAAGAAUUGAUUUAUUAAGAGAAAUUGAAAGACCGGCUAAAAAAAGGAAUGGUAAAGGUGGUGGUAAUCAAUAUAGAGAUUCCGAUACACCAUCAAGAGUUGGUUCACCGCUUAGAGAAAUUACUGGUCGAAGUGGGGGGGUAGGAGCUUCAGUUGGACAAAAGAGGAAAAUUUCGGCAUUAGAAGAUACUCCAACACCCAAUGCUAGAGCAACAACACCAUCAACACCUUUAGCUGACAAUACGGAUGAUUAUGAAGAUGGUAGUACACCAGGAAACGGAACUCCUUUAGGACCUUUAGCGGCCACAUUUUCUAAAGAACAAGAAAUUGAAAGACUUCGUACAUCAGGAUCCAUGACGCAAUCACAUUCAGAAAUUUCUAGGGUAAAGAAUUUAGAAAGGAUUCAUUUUGGGGAAUAUGAUGUUGAUACUUGGUACUUUUCACCUUAUCCACAAGAGUAUAGUGAUGCGGCAGUUGUAUACAUAUGUGAAUUUUGUUUAUUUCAUUAUAUUAGUGAAAAACAAUUGAGGAGACAUUUACAAAAAUGUACAGUGAGACAUCCACCAGGGAAUGAAAUUUAUAGAUGUGAUGAUAUUUCAUUUUUUGAAAUUGAUGGUAAUAAACAGAAAAAUUAUUGUAGAAAUCUUUGUUUAUUGUCAAAAUUAUUUCUUGAUCAUAAAACACUUUAUUAUGAUGUUGACCCAUUUUUAUUUUAUAUUAUGUGUCAACAAGAUGAAUUUGGAUGUCAUAUGAUUGGUUAUUUUUCAAAAGAAAAAGAAAGUACUGAAGGAUAUAAUCUUGCUUGUAUCCUUACUUUACCACAACAUCAAAGGAAAGGGUUUGGAAGGUUAUUAAUAGCUUUUUCUUAUGAACUUUCUAAAAAAGAGGGAAAGGUUGGAUCUCCUGAGAAACCCCUUUCCGAUCUUGGUUUAUUAUCAUAUAGAAGUUAUUGGACCGAAGUUAUCGUUGAAUUAUUAUUGGAAACAAAAGAAAUUAACGAGGACAUUACAAUUGAAGAUAUAUCGGCUAGGACUAGUAUUGCUACUACUGAUAUUCUUCAAACCCUUCAAUCUCUAGGUGCCAUUAAACCUUAUAAAGGUCAACAAAUUAUUUGUUUAAGUGAUGGUGUUAUCGCUUCUUAUCAUAAAACUAAAGAGAAGCAUAAGAAUAGAAGAAUUGAUGAAAGUUGUCUUCAAUGGUCUCCUCCUCAUUUCACCUCUAGUCAAUUGCGUUAUAUUUAA